CUUCAACGCCGCGGCGCUCGUUGGACUCAACCGUCUGCGUCGUGCGACGCCCUCCCUUCGGGCUCUCCAUUUUCAAAACCUUCUCUGCGUGGCCUCAGACUUGAUCUGGUAUCUGCUUUGCCUCGUAGUCUCGGAGAAGUUGAACUUCACCGGCGAGCUUGACCAAUAAUCCUGCCAAACCGAACGCUCUCUUCGUCUCUUCCGGAACCUCAACAUCUCAGCCGCGAUACGACCUCACGUUAGACUAACAUCGUCUCAGCCAACCGCCAUGAAGCUCUCGUUUGGCACGCUGCUUCUGCUCGCUUCCUCUGCUGCCGCUGGGCUGUACCCCACUCGUCCUAUAGCAAGCACAGUCUUCAGCGCGGGUCGCCUGUCAACCAUCACAUGGAUCAACGACGAUACUCAGCCUUCCGUGUCGCAGAUGGGACCAAUUCGGAUUGACUUGUACUCCGGAGACAAUGACUACGUCGCAACGCUGGCGCAGAAUGUCGAACCGACGAAACGUUCGAAGUCGGUGUGGAUCUCUCCGACACUGGGAUCCAAUGGGUCAGACUACCACUUGCGCUUCAUUUGCGAGGACCCGCAGAUAACUGUCUACUCCGCUCGGUUUACUCUUACUGCCAUGGACGACACGCCUCCCUACCAUCGCGCGGACAAGGUUGAGCCACGAUCGACUACCUAUUCUGCUUUCGCCGUGGGGAACGACGCAACGAGCACAUUCUCGAGGUUCUCUGCCAUCCCUACGAGUUUGAACACUUCCGCCACGUCAACGUACUCUUCCGGGAUGUCUAGCAGCACUCUGAGCAGCUCGUACUACCUGCCCGCUUCUACUGGAGACGCAUACCGGAGACAGCAUCACAGCAGCACGGGCACCAGCGGAUCUUGGAAACGAAACACCAUGGAUGUUGAACGCCUCAAGUUUCGGCUGGUCUUCAUCCUCUGGCCACUCCUGGUCGGCGUGACAAUGGCGCUCUAAGUCGUCGUCUUUGUAGUCAAGUCUCCUGGGGAAAAGGCCUCUUGGUCUACGCUAUUCAAUGUCUUUGAAAGUUCACCUAUCUCCAAUCAUACCUGUAUUGAACACGAAUUGUACCAUUAGACCAUAGAUGUGUAUCUCCCUACCUUGUAUCCCAACCACAGCCUAGUACCACACUCGCAGUACUGUACAUGUACAUCACCGGUUCCAUACACCGUGCAUCAGAAUGGCAUCUGCAUUCAGCGUUUGUGGUGCACAUGCGUCGAGACUUGGUGAGUCGAAC